GUUUCUAUCUUUUCCUCUCAGGAAGCACCUUCAAGCUGUGGAGCUAUUACUCUCUCGGGGCAGCAAUGUCAACGAGAAGACCAACCGCGGAUAUACUCCUCUCCAUUUGGCUGCAAGUUCAUCUCCGGAAUGGACAGAUGGUGUGAAAGCUAUAAUGAACCAGAGCGCUGUUGAGGUGAAUCCUCGAAAUGAAGAUGGUCAAACACCGCUGCACUGGGCCUGUGAUCAGGGAUACUUGCACACUGUCGAUCUUUUGUUGGGUCACAAUGGCAUCGAUGCCAAUGUGGUAGACAACGAUGGAGACACACCACUGCAUGUGGCAGUUCAGCAGCGAGAGUAUAAAGUGGUGUGUGCGAUGCUGAACAAGGAUUCGGUGAAUUUAGAAAUUGUGAACAAAGAAUAUAGGACACCAUUGCUUGAAGCUGUUUCGGACGGUCACCUCGGAAUAAUGCAGCGGCUGAUAGCCAGGGGCGCGAAUGUAAAUGUUGUCGAACAUGGAGGAAAUAAUUGCCUGCAUCUGGCGUUAAAAAGAGAAAACAACUUUCAUUCUGAGGUGGAGCACAUGACCAUGUUAGAUCAGUUCUGCGAAGAGCUGAAACUGGGAAACGAAGAAAGGUACUCUGGCGUGGUGGUUGCCAGCUACCUAGCCCACCACGGGGCCAACUUUUACUGUAAAAACAAAAGUGGCAGAACACCAUUGGACCUAAUAGAAAAGGAAAAUUUAAAAAAGACGUUAAAUAUGUUAUUCCGACCAACGCCCCAUGGUGGAGGAAGACGCAUGGACCAGGCACUGAAGGGACCAAUCAGAUGUGUGUUUUGUGACGACGAAGUGGCCACAGAGACGUUCUUUCCAUGUAAACAUCUUUCGCUGUGUAAGAAAUGCUGUCCCCCAAAGAUACCUAAACAAUGCCUCAAGUGUGGACAGAAUAUAACGAGCAAAAAUAGUUUGGUUGGUCCAAAUUCGUCAAAGAUGGAAGUCCAGAUGGUGGCAGGACCAGUUGGGAGUCCACAGCUGAAGGAGAAGGAUCUUCUGAGAGUGGCUAAGAGGUUAGGAAGAGAUUGGUGGCAAGUAGGUGAGUAUAAAAUUACACUACCUAAUUGAUUUCUAUAAAUUUUACAUUCACCUGAGCUAUUUCAUUUGUCAGGAUGAAAGAGAACAGGUUACAUUCCUAAUUUCCAGUGGAAUGGUUAGCUGCAAAAUAAAUUCUAUUAAUGAUAUUACUGGUAUUUCAUAAAGUAUCCACUGAGGUUGGUAAUUGUGGAUACACAAGAAAAUACAAGUAGCAUUUAAUAUUGGAAGAAA